AUUAAAUAUGAUGUGAGGUGUGUUGGAGAAAGGCGAGGCAGAUGAUGGCUUCUAAUCCGAUCAUUUUCAUAAAAAAUAAAUACGUCACCUUCCCAACUGUAUUACUAGCAUUUGCAUUCCCCUUCGCAUCUGUUCCAACCAAACACAAGAUGUGUUUAUUUUGCAUUUAAUUUUCAACCGUAUCAUAAAGGCAAGAUGCGUUUCAUGAAAUUUCGACUAUAAAAGGUGAAAGAAAAUGAACGAUAAAUAUUCAAGGAAGGACAUAUAGUCAACAAUAAGGUGCUAUUUCAUCCAUAUUAGUUAAAAAGUUAAAAAAUAAUUUUUUUUAUUAAAGGUUAUGUUGUGACAUAUCAAGAAUUAUAAUGAAGAUAUUAAUAUUUUUUAAAUAAAUGUAAUUAUUUUAAAGACACUAUUUAAUAUUGUCUUAUUUAUUUUUAAAUUAAAAUGGUAUUUGUCAAGUCUCUCUGAUAAGUUGUCACAUUUAUUGUCACUCUGUCAACUUUUAUGACUCUUGGUUAUAUUUUCUUGAUAUUAUUGAAUAUUUUACUAUACCUUUCUCACAUUACUUGAUCCAUGAAGUAUGAAUAACGUGGCAUCUUAACUUGUUAACGAUCAAGUUAUUAAUUUAUUUCAGUAGUCAUUGGUGAAGAAAUAAAUAAUAUCGUUCACUGUAAUUAAAUGAAUCGUUUGAAAAAUUAGGCAUGCUGUAAAGUGACCCGAAAAUUCUUAUUAAUUAAAUUACUAAAGAUGAUAAAUCAAUAAUCUAAGUGGCACUUCUUAAUAUUGAAAACCACCACAUUUAUCUGAUACCGUCACCGUGUGUUUAUAAUAACUUAGUAAAAAGCCUGUAAGUACGUAGAUACGGGGCACCAAAACACGAGCUACAAGAUCAACAACGCCAAUGCUAUUUUAACACUCAAAAUAGAUGUCUACACUUAGACAUCGGAUACAUUUGUAUGUUAAAAUAAUUAAAAUAGACACUCAUUUGCGGUAUUAAAACCGAAUUGUUGUUUUGUAUAAUAACGAUAAUCCUCUUAAAAUAGAAAAUUUUGAUAUAGCUAAAAAUGAGCAAGAGAAAAAUACCUGCCUCAAAAGCAAUUUAAUAAAAAAUACUUUUCAUUUAUAUAUUCUUUACAAUUUUUUAAUGUGUGUCCAGUAACACAAUAAUAAUUUAUGUGUGGUAAAAUUUUAUUAAAACUCAAUCACAUAAUUUAAUGUGUUUUUAAUAUUAAAUAUUAUAAUUUUUUUAAAAAUUAUUAACUAUUAAUUUUUUAUUAUUUACUCUUGAAGAGACUUUAGAAAACUAAUAUAUACUCCUUAAUACAAUCGUAAUUGUUGACGACGGUGGCAUUUAAGGUACACGUUUUCCCUACCUUAUACCUUAAUAGUGUGCAACUACACAACGUAGUAAUAGAAAUAAAUGGCAGCAUGGCACAUUAUGAUUGUGAAAGACUGUGGCAUUUGUUGAAGUUUAUGAGAAAAAGAAGGGCAAUGUGAUAGAAUUAGAACUAUAUCAACCCACCUAUCUUCCUUGACCCCUCACUUAUCCGCAACAUAUCAGAAAAAGAAACACAACAAAGAAAACAUGUCUCUAGUCACAGCUGAGAUCAAAGCCAAAUCAGAGGUGUACCAUGGAGAUGAACUCUGCCAAGAAAAGACCAAGUUUUUGCUGAAGGAAGUAGGGCUACCCAAUGGCCUUUUGCCCUUGAAAGACAUAGAAGAAUGUGGGUAUGAAAAGGAAAGUGGGUUCGUGUGGCUUAAGCAGAAAAAGGCCAUAAACCACAAGUUUGAGAAGAUUGGGAAGUUAGUGUCUUAUGCUCCUGAAAUCACUGCCUAUGUUGAGGUUGGUAAGAUAAAGAAGCUCACUGGUGUGAAGGCCAAGGAGAUAUUGGUUUGGAUCACACUGAAUGAGAUCUUUGUUGAUGAUCCACCAACUGGCAAAAUCACGUUCAAAAACCCUUCAGGGCUUUUCAGGACAUUCCCAGUCUCAGCUUUUGAGAUUGAGGAGCCAGUUAAGGAUGUCAAGGAAGAAAACAAGCAAGUCACACCAGUCCCCAGUGUUGUUGCGGUCAGAGAGGUUUGAUUCCGACUAGGUUGCUCGUUUGGAGUAUUCUUAUAAUAAUAACUAUGUUUUAUAGCGUAUUUAAAUCUUGCAUUAAGUCGUUACCAAAAAACAAAUCUUGCAUUAAGUUGUCAUCGUUUCCUUUUCUUGCUCCAUAGCUAGGCUUGUAGUAUCAGCUUCAUGGAUUUAGCACCUCCUUGCACUAUAAUAGAAA